AUGCCACGGCUGAGCUGCUACCCGACGAUUCGCCUCUUCAUUGAUGGCCGGGAUCAGGAAUAUACUGGUGGCCGAACUGAACAGAGUAUUGUCACCUGGGUGCUGAAGAAGGCGGGGCCUCCAGCCGUGGAACUGGAGACCUUAGAGGCGGCCAAGGCCUUCGAACAGGAAAACAGGCUGGCCGUGCUGUGCUUUUGCGAUGCGGGCGCGCGCGGCGCCUUCGAGCGGGCGGCCAGACAGGUGGAGGAUGUCAUGUUCGCCUACAGUACUGCACCUGAUGUGCUGAGCAAGUACGAGGCAUCAGCGCCCUCCUUGAAGAUGUUCUUCCCCCAUGAUGAGCAGUCGGCCACAUUUCUGGGCGACUUGAGCAGCGCCGAGGAGAUUGAAUCCUUCGUGAAGGCUCAUCGCCAUCCCAUGGUCACCCACUUCUCGGGCGAGACCGCAGCCGACUUGUUUAGCGACGGCCGGCCGAUCCUUUUCCUUUUCAGGGAUAAGGAUGGGAAAGGCGAUGCGGCCGAGGAGGCCCUCCGCGGAGCCGCCAAGCAGCUGCAGCGGCGGCUGCUGGUGGCACUGGCCGGGUCGAGCGAACCCAUGGAUCAACGGUUGAUGGACUAUGUCAGCGUGGAGGUGGAGGAGCUGCCCACUGCACGCUUGGUCACUGAGCCACAGGGGGCCAUGGCCAAGUAUCGCUUGGAGGGAGAAGUGACGGAGGCAUCCCUGCUCUCCUUCGUGCAAGAGUUUGAAGCUGGACGGCUCAAGAAGUACUUGCAGUCCGAGCCAGUGCCCACGAGCCAGACUGGACCAGUCUAUACCCUGGUGGGUUCCACCUUCGAAUCCAUCGUCAAGGACCCCCAAAAGGAUGUCCUGGUGGAGUUCUAUGCGCCCUGGUGUGGCCAUUGCAAGAAGCUAGAGCCGGUCUACACCUCAGUAGCCAAGAAGCUGGAAAGUGUACCUUCGAUUGUGAUCGCCAAGAUCGACGCGACGGCCAACGAUGUGGAGGGCGUGGACAUCGAGGGCUUUCCAACCAUCAAAUUCUGGCGGGCCGACCACAAGGAGGAGCCACUGGACUACGAUGGGGAUCGUGAUGUGGACUCCUUCGUGGCCUGGCUGGAUGACAAAGCAGCCAAACCCUUUGGCCACAGCGAGCUGUGA